AUGUCGAUUAGUUUCAAAGACAGCAGCUCCAAGUAUGAAAUCUGUUUUGUUCAGACAGGGAGCUCUCCAGAAGAAGCAACGCAGCUUCUGAAAUUAGCUUUUGAAGCCAUGGAAACAAACCAGUUGGAACCACUAUGGAUUACUGUCGAAGCAUGUAUGAAAAUUUCGCAAAAAGAACCGAAGCUUUUCAUCAUGGAUCCGUUCCACAAUGAAGUGUUUGAUCAUCUAAAGUCAAUUCAGUGCAGAAUUAUUGGACCAUUGUGUAUUUUGUACUGUCUCCAAUAUGGGGAUGUUUUGCCCAAACGACCGUAUCCAGUGUACAGUGUGUCCAUGCGCAAAAUAACUGUAUCUUGCUCAAACAUUGUAAAUGAAGUACGAGAAGAUAUGAAACAGAAGAUUGAGCUUAUGGGUGGCUUCUUCAGUAAAGAUCUGACAAAAAGUGUGACUCAUUUAGUUGUUGGUGGAGUGGGUUCCAAGAAGUAUCAGGUGGCAGCUAACUUUGGUUUGCCCAUCAUGGUUCCAGAUUGGAUUUCAGAUGUGUGGGAAAAUGGACAGUAUCAGCAACUGCACGCUACUGAUGGGUGUUACGAUAAGUAUAAAUGUCCAGUCUUUAAGGGGCUUGUUAUUACAGUGUCACAAAUAAGUGCUCAAGAGCGUUUAUCAAUGAAGUCAAUUAUUGAAAAUAAUGGAGGUUCCUAUUCUGGCGCCCUAAAAUCACAAGUGACAACACAUUUAGUUUUGUCUGAACCUACAGGAGAUAAAUAUCGCUUUGCAAAGAGUUGGAAAAUAUUUUGUGUCAAGGUGAAUUGGAUUUAUGACAGUGUAGAAUCUGGUUACUGUCGAGAUGAAUCCUUAUAUGCAUUAGGUGAUGCGUUUCAACAACCAAAGCGUUCCACUCCUAAAAAAGACUCGACAAAUGAACUACCACUGGUUGAUUGCAGUGCAAUUGUGAAUAAUUCAAUCGUUACUCACUUAGAUGAAUCUGUAAGAGCAGACACUUCAGGUUCAUCAUGCACCAAGAAAGAUUCAGAGUAUUCUACUCUAGACAGCUUUAAUGUUUCAAAACUGCAGAAAGGUGGUCAGUAUCUUGAUGGCUGUAAAAUAUUUUUAGCUGGUUUUACAGAUGAACAUAUGAAGAAACUAAGGAAAAUAAUUAAUGCUGGAGGUGGUGUGCAAUUUAGUAGUUGUGCUGAAAAUGUUUCACAUAUUGUUUGUAACGGUUUGUCUGAAGAAUUGACUGAUAUUCUCAAAUCCUUUCCAAUCAAACCAUACGUGGUAAGUUUCAAGUGGUUACUUGAAUGCUGUUCUGAAGGCAGGUUAAUUGAUGAAAGUCCAUUUUUAUGCUUGGAUCUUACAUUUAGUCAAGAAAAUGAGCUAACUACAAAGAAGGAUCAUGAAAGAAUACUUUUACUUAACACAGAGUCAAAACCUUUGGAAAAUAGCAUGAAAAAAAAUGAAGAGCAGGUGAUUCAACCUGUCGAACAAAACAUUACUAAAAUUCUUACAGAGCCUGAAAAACAUGUGGUUGAACCACAGGAAGAUGAAAAUGAAAAGGCUCAGAGACAUGAAGAAGUUGAUUGCGUGCCAGAAGAUAUUGAAGAUGAUGAAGUUAUGAAUACUGAAGAAUUAUUCAAAGGAAUGAAAUUUAUUAUUGUUGGAUUUUUGGAAAAAGACACAGAGAUACUUUCUACCUUGAUUGAAACUCAUUCUGGAAUUGUGUUAAGUGUCCUUGAUGAAAGUAGGUGUAAUAUUGCUGUAGUUCCUGUUAUUUGGCAGCAAACUAACCUUCCUGUUUCUCAAAUAGUAACAAAUUGUUGGCUUCAAAAAUGCAUUGAAGAUUGCAGAGUAUUUGAUUUUGAUGAAAAUGAGUUGUUUAGACCUUUUUUUAUACCUGAUGAAGCAAAACCAUUUGAGUCAUUUGUUAUAUCAGUGAGUCAAUACAGUGGCACGGAAAGGGAUUGUCUAAUGCACUUGGCAGAAGUUUUAGGUGCUACUUGUCAAGAAUAUUUUGUUCGAAAAGCAAAUAAAACUAAAGGAGUUUUAGCAAACACUCAUUUAGUUGUAGCUACACCUGAAGGAAGCAAGUAUGAAGCAUCUAAGAAGUGGAAAAUACCUGCUGUUACUAAAUAUUGGGUAUUAGAUGCUGCAAAAACUGGCACGCUUCCUAUGAUUGAUGAUUAUCUUGUUGAUGCUUGCAAUGCAGAGCCAUCCAAUAGAAGUAACAUCGAACAGAAACCUACUUCAAUGGUGGAACAGAAAAUAGAAGAAUAUAAAAAUGUCAAACAUGUUGCUGAAGAGAAUCAUGAACUUUCUUUGCAACAUGAUCGAAUUACUGAAUUAAUUGACCAACAUAAGUUAGAAGAAGCCAGUACUUCAACACCACAAGCUAGACAAAAAUUGGACAUUUCCCUCAACAGCACUUUGAAUUGUGAAACACCCCGUGGUUACAAAUUUCAAGUAAGUGGCCUGUUGAAAGAUUUAGAUUGUAGUAGUACCAGCAAUGAUAAUUUUAGUUUUAACAAAAGACAUAGUUUACCUGUUGAAGAAAUGUUUAGCAAGAAUCUGGCAUCUGCAUUGAAACAUAUAAAUGAUAAAUCAGAUGCCCCACAAGAAAGUGAAAGUUCUGGAAAGAAAAAUGCAAAUAAAAUGAGUUCCGGGGAAAACGUUGAAAAAGUCUUAUGUGGCGUGGUUUUAUGUGUUGCCCGGAAACUAUGUUAUUUACAGAGUGAGAUCAAUGAAAUAGUUGCUUCUUUAGGUGGAGAUUACUUGUGGUCUUAUGACAAAACUUGCACACAUUUUGUAUUUUCUGGUAAGCCAAAUGACACAACUAAAGAAUUUCGUGAAGCUAGGGCUCAAGGUAAAAUAAUUGUCUCACCUGAAUGGGUGUACUCUUGCCAAGAGAAAAAUGAACAUGUAGCAGAAAGUUUAUUUCCACAUACAUUUAAAUCUGAAUUGACUUUAAAGGAUCAGCUAGCGAUUCUUAAAACACCUGUUAGUAACAAAAAUAUAGCCAAAAUUACAGAAACUAAUGAAAAGAAAACAGAAUCUCCUGGUCAAGCUACACCUGUUGAUUUCAAUAGAUUGAAUGAAUUACUAGUUGCUGCAAAAUCUGCAAAAAAGCGGCAAACUAAAAGAAUGGCAAAUUCUGUAUCAUCUAGUCCAGUCAGUGAAAUCAGUCCAAUGCAAAAAUAUCCGAGGCAUUUGUCGGAUGUUUUUCUCAAACCUGAUGAGGUGUUUCCUGAAGAACAAGACACCUGUUCUCAGCAGUCACAAAGUUAUCCCAUCACUUGGGAUGACCCCACAGGACGUUUAGAAAGGGAAAAAAUUGCUGCCAGGUUGACUAACAAUGGUCAAACGGCAGAAGUAGAUCCUCUUUUGCAGGGGAACAUUGUUCUUGCUGAAAUAAAAAACAAUGAUUUUUCUCUUAAUUCUCCUUCAAAUUUUAAUCAGAAUGAUGCAGAUGAUUUUAAAAUGCCAAGUAAAAUAAAGUUAAAAGCGAAGAAGAGAAUAUUUAUGUUUUCCAAUAUAUCUGAAGCAUACAAGAAUAAUUUCACUAGAAUCAUAAGAAAACUAGGUGGUGACGUUUCUGAUAUAAAGGCAUUUGAUGUUAAUGCUACUCACUUAGUUGUAGCAGUUCCUAUAAAAAAUGAGAAAUUCAUGUCUAGUGUUGCAGCUGGAAAGUGGGUCAUUCAUCCAGAUUACUUUGAAGCUUGUGAGAAACAAGAUUGCUUCUUAGACGAAAGUGAGUUUGAGUGGGGCGGGCCCUCUUCAGAAAGAUUCAUUGAAAGUCUUGCACCCAACAGUGCAAAAAUAGCCUUCUGUCCAGCGAAAUGGAGAGCGAAAUUGAACAAAGGUGAUGGUUGGAAAGGUGCAUUCCAGGAAUGGAAGGUAGUUAUUGUUGCUGAGGACAAAGCCAAACUCCUUACAUACACAAAGGUCUUAGAGGCUGGAUCAGCAGAAGUUUUCUCUUCCGACAGCAUGGAAAGUUGCUUGAACAGACUAACUCAUGUGAUUGUCGAGUUUAGGAAAAAGAAAUCUCUUAAGCUGGACUUAAGUUCCAUAUUAUCACACAAUAUCAAAUGCGUAGUACCAGAAUACUUAGCAUCUUUUCUUACAGAGGAUCCUCCAUCUGAUAUUGAAAACUUUUUAAUUCCUGAAGUUAAAGAAUUAACGAUUCUAUCUGAGGUGGCACCAAAGAGACGCAAUUUGAGUAGUACUUCCAGACAAAGUAAAAAAUCGAAGCUGAAAUAAAUGUUAUAAAUUAUGAAUUUAUUGUACAUAGAGUUAAAUCAUCCUACUUCAGAUUACAUUGAUUUGUACAUAUGGACUUUAUUUUGUAAAUAAUACU